ACUCGGGAUGAAGUCUCUAUAUCAUACUUUGGGCGGAAUCCAAGUGUUCUGAGGGAGCUCCUAGAUGAAUGCCGCAAGCAUUAUUUGGGGAUGGUUGAGAACAAAACCUGUGUCUUUGAGCACCAAAAAGACGAAUGGAAACCAUCGAAGUCUAGGAGUAAAAGAGAUAUAUCCACUGUGGUGCUUAACAAAGAGUCAAAAAAGAUGUUGGUAGAUGACGCCUCGGAGUUUCUGAAU